AUGGUCAUCAAAGAGAGCGAGUUCGACGAUUCUCUUGCCUACGCGCUACUCCGUGGCGACAUGGGAACCGUCUGGGAUACGUCCAAGGACGAGCGGAUGGUGAACGGUACGAUGGACCCGGAAUUGAUCCAGCGUGCCAAGGAACGGGCCAUCCGGGCCCAACUCAACUCCGCCGACGGUGACACCUGCGAAACGCACGACCAGUUCUACCGAGACCACAAGCUGCUACUUGUGCUGUUCCGAGGCCUGGCGGUCAUGCCGAUCACACGGUCCGUGCCCGGUCGGAUCACCUUCAGCUGGCGGUCGGCCGCAUCCCUGUACGCCUUUUGCUUCUACACGGUGUCCACCGUGAUCGUCCUGAUCGUGGGCUACGAGCGCAUCAAGGUGUUCCAGACCACGACCCAGUUCGACGAGUACAUCUACGGCAUUCUAUUCGUCAUCUUUCUGGUGCCGCACUUCUGGAUCCCGUUCGUCGGCUGGGGCGUCGCCAAGCAGGUCGCCAUCUACAAGACGAUGUGGGGCGCGUUCCAGGUGCGGUACUAUCGUGUCACCGGCACCUCGCUGCAGUUUCCCCACCUGAAGGUGCUGAUCGUGUUCCUCUCGAUCGGGUGUCUGGUGUGCGCGAUUGUGUUCCUGCUUUCGCUCAGCUUUUUGCUGGAAGGGUUCGCCCUGUGGCAUACGUCCGCCUACUACCACAUCAUCACGAUGCUCAACAUGAACAGCGCCCUCUGGUACAUCAACAGCCGUGGCAUUCGGGUCGCCUCGUCUAGCCUCUCCCGGUGCUUCCGGAAGGAUGUCGCCAUCGAGUGCACCGCCGCCAUGAUCUCGCAGUACCGGUUCCUCUGGUUGAACCUCAGCGAGCUGCUGCAGUCCCUGGGGAAUGCGUACGCCCGGACCUACUCCACCUACUGCCUGUUCAUGUUCGUCAACAUCACCGUCGCCAUCUACGGUGCCCUGUCGGAGAUCAUCGACCAUGGGUUUGGGUUUUCCUUCAAAGAGAUCGGCCUCAUCGUAGACACCGUGUACUGUUCGACGCUGCUGUUCAUCUUCUGCGAUUGCUCGCAUAACGCCACGCUUCAGGUGGCGCAGGGCGUGCAGGACACAUUGCUUUCCAUCAACCUGCUCAAGGUGGACCAACCAACGCAGAAGGAAAUCGAUCUGUUUAUCCAAGCGAUCGAGAUGAACCCGGCCAUCGUCAGUCUGAAGGGUUACGCCGAGGUCAACCGGGAGCUGCUUACAUCGAGUAUCGCUACCAUCGCGAUCUACCUGAUCGUGCUGCUGCAAUUUAAGCUCUCACUUAUCUCCCAGCAGAUCCCCGCGGAAAUUAUUGAAAAUGUCCGACAGUUGCAAAAGUCAUGA